AUGAUUUCAUUACAAUUUGGCUAUGCUGGUAUGAACAUCAUUACCAAAGUAUCACUCAAUAGAGGAAUGAGCCACUAUGUGCUUGUUGUCUAUAGGCAUGCCUUCGCCACUGCUGUUAUUGCUCCCUUCGCUCUCAUCCUCGAAAGGAAAGUGAGGCCAAAGAUUACAUUUCCAAUUUUCAUGCAGCUUUUUGCGCUAGGACUUCUUGGACCAGUGAUUGAUCAAAACUUUUACUAUGCUGGGCUAAAAUUUACUUCCCCUACUUUCUCGUGUGCCAUGAGUAACAUGCUCCCAGCUAUGACAUUUGUUAUGGCAGUCCUAUGCAGGAUGGAGAAGGUGGACAUUAAGAAGGUUAGAUGCCAAGCAAAGGUUGUGGGAACUAUAGUGACAGUAGCUGGAGCCAUGUUGAUGACAUUGAAAAAUAUUUGCAUAUUGUCACAGGCAAUCACUAUAGAUGAUGGAGAUAAGGAGAGAGGAAGAGAGAGCUAA